AUGAAAAAUUUUACUUGUUUUUUUCUUUUAACACUCCUUCUUACGUUAGCAUACGGUAAAGGAGUAAGAAACAAAUCCGAAAAUAGAACUCCAUAUAUUCAUUACCAUAAUAAUAGUAAUAUAAAGAAUUAUUCAGCUAUAGAUAUAUUCUCACCCAAAAAAACUGGAAAGGAAUGUAUUAAAUGUCUCCCAGAUAAUUUUUGUGAAUGCGAAUGUAGUUGUAAAAAUAAAACAGGUUUUUCAAUGAAAUAUAGACAUGCCAGUAAGGGAUCUAAAAGAUAUCGUAAAAAAAUGACAAAGACAUCUUCUCGUUCCAGACAAUGUAACGACUUGCCACUUGAAAAAUCAGAACAAGUAACCGAACCGGAAUUGGAACCUGAAGUGGAACCUGAAGUAGAACCAGAAGUAGAACCUGAGGUCGAGCCCGAAGUAGAACCAGAGGUUGACCCCGAAGUUGAUCCAGAAACCGACCAAGGAACAGGAUCACAAAAUAAUAUAACCGAAUGCUAUUCCUCCUGCAAAAGUGUUACAGGAGUUCAAACAGAAGAAUGUAGUUGUUCUUGUUCAUGUUAA